AUGACCAAAGAAAGGACUGUAGCAGCGAUUGGAUCUUUUGGAAUAGAAAAUGAAAAAAAUGGGAAUGGAAAUCAUCGUAAUGAACAAGGCUUAGGAUGGAUUAUAACAAGUUUGUUUCUGGUCGGUGAUUUGGCUGGUGGUGGAAUUGUCGCAUUACCGGCAGCUAUUGUGCAAACAAAUUUUUGGCCCGGAUUAAUAAUAAGCACCAUCAUGGCUUUAGCAAUGGCAUAUACAGCACAUAUGUUGGGUCUUGGUUGGGUAAUUCUGCAGCGCAGAUGGCCGGAAUAUCGAGAACACUGUCGAAAACCGUAUCCUGAAAUGGGUGCACGUGCAAUGGGCAACACUAUAAAGCAUGUAGUAUCAGUGUGUAUUGACAUAACACAAUUUGGUAUCGCCGUUGUAUACCUGAUAUUAUCAGCUAAAAAUAUAAGCGAUUUUAUCGAUGCUUUCUUCAAAAUUGAAAUAUCAUUUUGCUAUGUAAUAUUAGCAGUUGGUAUCGGUCUCCUGCCAAUUACAUUCCUAAAGUCACCACAAGAUUUCUGGUGGGCUAUAAUUCUGGCAAUGAUUACAACAACACUUGCCUUAAUUAUGGUUAUGAUCGGUGCUGUGAUGGAUUAUUCCACAUGCGCACCGGAACGUGCCUUUAACACCAAUGUAUUACCAGCAAAUUAUUUUCUUGCACUUGGCACUAUUUUAUUUUCGUACGGUGGACAUGCAGCAUUUCCAACAAUUCUUCAUGAUAUGCGAAAACCGUAUCACUUUACGCGAUCAUCCAUUUUGGCAUUCCUUAUUGUAUAUAUGCUUUACACACCAGUUUGCAUUCUGGCUUACCUGACAUACGGAAAUUCAUUACGUGAAUCGAUUCUUAAUUCCGUUCAAAAUACCGCUCUACAACAGGGCGCUAAUAUUUUAAUCACUCUUCAUUGCAUACUUACACUUACUAUUGUCUUCAAUCCUCUUAAUCAGGAAGCUGAGGAAAUUUUUGGCGUACCGCAUCAUUUUUGCUGGCAAAGAGUAUUGGUUCGAACGGGAAUGAUGAUGGCUGUAGUUUUUGUCGGAGAAAGUUUACCAUCAUUUGGACCAUUGUUAGGUUUAGUUGGUAGUUCAACUUUAACUUUAACUUCACUCAUAUUUCCAUGUUUGUUUUACCUGUACUUAACAGUUGGUGAUGAAAUAGCCGAAGAAAAAGGAAAGAAAAAGCCAGAUGAGAUACCUUCUUUUACCGAAGUGUUGGUACGAUCACCCAGACGACGUUUGAUCAUCUGUUUAUUAAUUAUUGUGGGUGGAUUCAUCGGUGGUGGAUUAGCAGUUUAUACAUCCAUCAAGGAAUUAGCAACAACACGAUUCACUGAGCCAUGCUAUGUUAAGCCAUUCUUAUCGUCUAACGAUUCAAAAUCUCUCGAUGGUUAUCUGAAUUGUUGUGGAAUGUGGCAGAAUAUUACACGGCUAGGCGAUAAUUCCGAUUGCAAUCCCUAUUUUGAUUUUUAUAGUGAAAAAUAG